AUGCCCUCCACAGUCCGCACCGCCCGGUCUGCGCUCCGUAGCUUCAACCGCAGCGCUGUCCACCGCUCAUACUCCACGUCCCAUGCCGCUUCGGCAACAUCUCCUGCGACAUCCCCCUUCGCGCCGCGUCAUUUACUCUCCAUUGCGGACCUGACGCCCGCGGAAUUCACCACCCUCGUGCGCAAUGCCCACUCGCACAAGCACGCAGUCAAGUCCGGCUCUAUGCCGACAAGUCUGCUCGGCGCUCUGGGCGGCAAGACUGUCGCCAUGACGUUCAGCAAGCGCAGUACCCGGACACGAGUGUCCACGGAAAGCGCUGUCGCGCUCAUGGGCGGGCAUCCCAUGUUUUUGGGCAAAGAGGACAUUCAGCUCGGCGUCAACGAAUCACUCUACGACACCUCCGUCGUAAUCUCAUCCAUGGUCUCAUGCAUCGUCGCGCGAGUAGGCCCACACUCUGACGUUGCGGACCUGGCGAAACACUCCAGCGUCCCCGUAAUCAACGCACUGUCCGAUGCAUACCAUCCUCUCCAAACGAUUGCCGACUUUUUAACCAUCCACGAAGCAUUCCCCUCAUCUCCUUCACAUGUGCGGUCGUCCUUGACUACCUCCACGACGCCCAGUCUCGGCUUAGAGGGCCUGAAGAUCGCGUGGGUCGGCGACGCGAACAAUGUGCUUUUCGACCUGGCGAUUGGCGCGACAAAACUCGGCGCAGACGUCGCCGUGGCUACGCCCAAGGGCUACGAGAUCCCGGCGGCGAUGAAGCAGGUCAUUUCCGAUAGCGCGAACGGUGUAGCGAGCCCGGGCAAGCUCACGGAGACAAACGUGCCCGAGGAGGCGGUCAAGGAUGCAGACAUUAUUGUCACGGACACGUGGAUUUCCAUGGGCCAGGAGGAGGAAAAGGUAAAGCGCCUCAAGGCGUUUGAGGGCUUCCAAGUCACGUCCGAUCUGGCAAAGCGUGGUGGUGCGAAACAGGGCUGGAAGUUCAUGCACUGUCUCCCGAGACAUCCAGAGGAAGUCGCGGAUGAAGUGUUUUACAGUCCCAAGUCAUUGGUCUUCCCCGAGGCGGAGAACCGUCUUUGGGCUGCGAUUUCUGCGCUCGAGGCGUUUGUUGUGAACAAGGGCAAGAUUGAGUAG